AUGGCUAAGCACCAUCCAGAUCUCAUCUUCUGCAGGAAACAGCCUGGAGUUGCAAUUGGCCGUCUGUGUGAGAAAUGUGAUGGUCGUUGCGUAAUUUGUGAUUCCUAUGUUAGACCUUGUUCUUUGGUUCGAAUUUGCGAUGAGUGUAACUACGGUUCUUAUCAGGGACGCUGUGUCAUAUGUGGAGGUCCUGGUGUGAGUGAGGCAUACUAUUGCAAGGAGUGCACAAUAAUGGAGAAAGACAGAGAUGGAUGCCCUAAAAUUGUGAACCUCGGGAGUGCGAAGACUGAUUUGUUCUACGAAAGGAAAAAAUUCGGUCAUAAAAAGAACUGA